AUGCAGUUGUGUGAGUCCUGGAGCACUUUGGAAAGGGAGUUGCAGACCAUCGUGACUGACUCGGCCAUGCCAAGAACCAUCAAGAAGUCUUGUGCCUGGAGUGCCUUGGCACUGGCGGUGGGCCUGGCUGAGAAGCAGGAGCGGGAACACAGAAAAAAGGUAAAGAUGAUGCAGGAUCAGUUGGAUGAGCAGAAGCUGUUGAUUAAUGCUCUCUUAGGGGUGGUACAAAAACAGAGGGAUAAACAAGAUGAAAAGGGCAUCGCUGAAUUCCAUCUCCAACAAGGACUCGGAGACCUUAAUAGAGUAGAAGGGGAACAAAAAUUUCCCCCAAGUAACCCUGUUAGUGUGGUAAGAACGCAGUAUCAAAAUCAGCAAGGAAAGAAAGAAGAUGAGGACCAGGAAACUGAGACACAUCCAUUAGACAGUGCUAUGCUUGGUGGAGAUGAGGGACAUGAUAGUACUCAGAGAGAGCCACUGAAGGUAUCAGGCCAAGAUGCUGCUGCUGCUACUGCUGAUGUUGUUGUUGCUGUUGCAGCUGCUACAGUUACUUCUGUAGAGGAAAACAAGUUUUCUGUAAGAGCAAAUAGAAAUGAGGUAGACAGUUCUUACCCUGAAAUGCAGAAGGUGUGGUCUCAGACUCGUCCGCUGACACUCCUUAGUUUGUCCUCUAGCUCAGUCCAACCUCGGUUUGUUUCCCAAGUGGCAGCAGCAGCGAUAGAACAAACUGCUAUAGUUCCUCCUGAGCACUGUUCUAGAGCUAGCUGGAGAGGUAGGCAAUACCUUUCCGGGAAGAUCCUUCCUGAGAAGUUCAAGCCAAGGUUUAGCCUCUCUCAGUACAAACAGCGUAGCAUUGUUCACAGAGCUGGGGAUUGGUAUUGUGAUAAGUGUAAUGUGAUGAAUUUCUCAUGGCGAAAUAUAUGUUUCAGAUGUAAGCAGCUCCAGACAACAAAGGCAACUGAAAACUUUUUAUACAAUUGGAGAUUUCUAUGA